AUGGUGUUGGCAAAGGGCCUGAGGCCACUACAGGUGGUCUCUGUGAUAUUAUUCGUGAGACUUUUGUCAGUAUUCCUGGUUCAAACGUGGUAUGUGCCUGAUGAAUACUGGCAAACUUUGGAAGUGGCACAUAAACAAGUCUUUGGCUAUGGAGCAUUGACCUGGGAAUGGCAUCAAGGCAUCAGGAGCUACCUGUACCCAAGUAUAGUAGCUGGACUUUACACCCUUCUGAAGUACACUGGACUGGACUAUCCUGAGGCUCUGAUUCUCCUGCCUCGCAUCCUGCAAGCUAUUAUCAGUGCUGCGGCUGAUUACAGUUUCUACAAAUGGACUGGCAAUAGAAAAUGGGCUUUAUUCCUGAUACUUACAUCAUGGUUCUGGUUCUAUACCUCCGGUAGAACUUUAUUGCAGACAUUAGAAACUUCUCUUGUUGCCAUCGCUUUGUCUGAGUUCCCAUUCAAAGGUGGAAAAUUGGGACACUAUGAACAAGAGAGUCCAAAGUGGAUAUGGCUGGCAGUAUUGUGCGUGUUCUUGCGUCCGACUUCAGCACCAUUGUGGGCGGUACUCGGUGCUUACAACUUGCUAACCACCAACCAGAGCCGAAUGAAGCUUGUUCUUCGCACAUACGUGCCUAUUGCUUUGAUCUGCGGUGGCGCCCUCGUAGCCCUGGACUCGUACUAUUAUGGCCGCCUUAUCGUCACUCCUUGGGAGUUCUUCAGGUUCAAUGUACUGCACGACAUCGCAUCUUUCUACGGACAACAUCCAUGGCACUGGUACUUAACUCAAGGUAUUCCAGCCGUUUUGGGUAUCAACGUGAUUCCUGUACUGUGGGCCACUGUGAAAAUAUUGCGACGACCAAAGGAGAACAAAAUCGGAAGCCUGCUUCUAACCGCCGUCGCUUUAUACGUAGCUGUAUACAGCUUCAUUCCACACAAAGAGUUCAGAUUUGUGUUGCCGCUGCUACCGAUAUUCCUGUAUUUGGCUCAAGACGUGAUUGUACCAUGGAGCAGGAAGGCUAAGAAAUUCCACCUGUACCUGUUGGCGGGCUCCAUCCUGGUGGGUAACGCGGUGCCGGCGCUGUACUUCGGCGUGGUGCACCAGGCGGGCCCGCUGCAGGCCAUGCCGGCGCUGCGCCAGACCGCCACCAACAGGACCUCUAUCACCUUCCUCAUGCCGUGCCACUCUACGCCUCUCUACAGUCACCUACACCUGAACAUAACGACGCGCUACCUGAGCUGCGAGCCCCCCUUGAAUGCGUCGGGCACGACGUACGAGGCGGAGACAUUCUUCAACAACCCGCAGCGGUGGUGGCGACAGGAAACUGCAUUGAGACAGGCGCCCGACCUGCUCGUACUCUACGACCGACUCAAGGGACGCAUCGAAUCAAUUCUCACCGGAUACAACUUGUUGCAUGAGAUUCCCCACACACAGUUCCCUGAAGGCGAGGUCAGCGAAAACUUGUUGAUAUACCAAAAAGCGAAAACUCCACCCAAAGUAGCUGCCGAUGACGUCGUCUAA